GGCAAGGAAGGAGGAGUCCCGGGAAAACGAAACUGAGAGCUGAGAGCGGACCGGCGGCCGGGGCGGGAGCUGGAGCGCGGUGCAGCGCGGCUCAUCCGGGUCCCGAGCGCCGUCCAGCGCCGUCCAGCGGGGUCCAGCGGAGGUCCGGUUGCCGCAGCCCAGGUUAUUGGAAAGGAAGAUGGCCGAUGACCUUUCACCAGGUUUCUUCAUAGAAGAACUUAAUAAAUAUCGUCAGAAGCAUGGAGUAAAGCUCAAGUAUAAAGAGCUGCCCGUGGCAGGACAGCCACAUGAGAGAAUGUUUACAUUCCAAGUAAUGAUAGAUGAGAGGACAUUUCCAGAAGCAGAAGGCAGAACAAAGCAAGAAGCGAAAAAUGCUGCUGCCAAAAUAGCUGUUGAUGUACUUAACAGAGAAAACAAGGAAGUUAGUCCUUUUUUGCUGACAGAAGAGAAACCAGAAGGCUCAUCUAUUGGAAAUUAUGUAGGCCUUGUCAAUAGGAUUGCCCAAAAGGAAGGCCUCUCUGUCAGCUACAAUCCGUCUUUCUGCAAUACCCCAGGCCCCCACAGGUUUCACUGUAUAUGUAAAAUUGAACAGGAAGAGUAUGGUAGUGGUUCAGGGUCUACUAAACAGGAAGCAAAACAAUUGGCUGCUAAAGCUGCAUAUUCUCGGAAAUUAGCCGAAAAAAACUCAAUGAAUGGUGAUCAGUCAUCUCGGGAUCAUUACACUCCUUCAUCUAGUGCGUCCUCAUGCAGCUCCUCAAAAAGCAUAUCUUUGUCCGAAUCAGCAUCUGGAAGUGAUUUUUCGGACAAUGCAUCAAAAAGCCUCGGUGACAGUGACGGUUUACACAGUUCUAUGUCUUCUAUGAGUGAUCUCGGAAGCAAUCGAAAGAAGGCGAUACAUUUGGCACCUACAUUUGAUCUUCCUAAUGUUCAAGGAAAUCAAUAUACUAUGGACUCCAGGUUUACCAAGGAUUUUGAAGAAAUAGAAGAAAUUGGUUCAGGUGCAUAUGGCCAAGUUUUCAAAGCAAAACACAGAAUUGAUAGAAAGACUUAUGCUAUUAAACGUAUUAAAUACAAUAGGGUGAAGGCGGAGCGGGAAGUGAGAGCUCUGGCAACCCUGAAACACGAAAACAUCGUUCACUACCACGUCUGCUGGGAUGGGCUGGACUAUGAUCCGGAGGCGAGCGCACGCAACGCUUUAAGGUCAAAGACUAAGUGUCUUUUCAUCCAAAUGGAAUUUUGUGAUAAAGGAACAUUGGAGAAAUGGCUUGAAAACCGAAAACGUGGUGAAUUGGACAAAGCCUUGGCUUUGGAAUUUUUUGAACAAAUAACCACUGGAGUGGAUUACAUACAUUCAAAGGGUUUAAUUCAUAGAGACCUUAAGCCAGGCAAUAUAUUUUUAGUAAAUGAAAAACAAAUAAAGAUUGGAGACUUUGGACUUGCAACCUCUUUGGAAAAUGAUCAAAAGCGAACCAAUUAUAAGGGAACUCCUCUGUACAUGAGUCCAGAGCAGUGUCAUUCACGAGACUAUGGAAAAGAAGUGGACAUCUUUGCUCUGGGGCUAAUUUUUGCAGAACUUCUUCACAUAUGUAUGACUAUUACUGAAACCACAGAGUUUUUUGAAGAGCUAAGAAAGGGCAUCUUUUCUGAUGAUAUAUUUGACAGCAAAGAAAAAACUCUUCUACAGAGAUUACUCUCAAAGGAACCCAAGAAACGUCCUGAUACAUCUGAAAUACUGGAAACUUUGGCCAAAUGGAAGAAUGUCUCAGAAAUAAAGAAAAGAAAUACAUACUAGGGCUCUUUUGAAAAAGGGUUCUGUUUCUGUUAUUUAUUUCUUGACCGAAAACUACUAGGGGAUAGCAAUGGAUGUUCAUGUUUUAUUUUCUUUCUUUCUUUCUUUUUAGAGAGAGACAGAAAGAAUUGGCACACCAGGGCCUCAGCCACUGAAAUUGAACUCCAGAUGCUUGUGCCACCUAGUGUGCAU